AUGCCGCAUCCGGCGGAUUUGCAAAACAAUACCGAAUUCGAUGAGUCAGAUUCAGUCUCCAGCGCUGUUGCUUCAGCAUGUAAUCCCAAUUUGAACCGUGACCUCUUCAAAGACCUCGUCGACAUGGUCCCUCUCGUUCAAUCCCUCCUCAUAGAUCGUAAACCGAGUCGUUCCUUUCCUCAUCGUAGUUCCAUGAUCUAUACCAAGGCACCGCCAAAAGAUAAAAAGCAAUCUAUCUCUGCCACAAAGACGAGGGACCAUGGAGCAAAAGAACAAGGACAAAACUCUGAUGCUGAUAACUUUUCUAUGUUUUCUGGAAGGGCUUUUACAUCAGAGAAGGACCUAGAAGAAUUGGCUACCUUGAAGGAACAGAUAGGAGACCUUAAGUUGAAGUUAAAGGAGAAAGAGGAACUUUUAAAGUCAGCAGAUGCAAAACUCGAUGAAAUGAAACACCAGGUUUUAGAAAAGGAUGGUUCCCUUAAGUAUACUCAACAACAACUCUCUGAUGCUAAGAUUAAACUUGCAGAUAAGCAAGCUGCCCUUGAAAAGAUAAAUUGGGAAAUGAUGACAUCCAACAAGAAAGUGGAGAAACUUCAAGAAGAUCUGGACUCUGUGCAAGUGGAUGUUUCGACAUUCACGUUGCUGCUUCAAAGCUUAGCAGAUACUGACACUGCAAUUUACGCAGAUGAUUAUGACACCAAGCCUUAUGUUUUCAAUCACGUGCCUGAAAUUGACGAUAUGGAUGAGAUGGAAUGGCAGAAAAUGGAAGAAGCAAGAAAAGCUUACAUCGCUGCAGUUGCUAUUAGCAAAGAAAAGCAAGAUGAAGAAUCUAUUGCUGCCGCUGCUAAUGCUAGGUUACGUCUUCAAUCACUAGUUUUCAAAUCCAAAAAUUUCAACAUAUGA